AUGGGCCGCGAAUUCACGGAAGAGUUUAUAAAGUUAUAUGAAAGCGAGCCUUGUCUUUGGAAUGUAAAGUCAAAAGAAUACCAUGACAGGAAUAAAAAAGAUACAGCAUAUGGAAAACUGGUAAACAAACAACAAGAAAUCGAAUCAAACGCCACAAAAGACAGUGUAAUAAAAAAAAUUAACAACCUCAGAAGCGCUUACAGAAAAGAGAACAAAAAAAUAAAACAAUCCAUUAAGUCUGGUGCGUCGGCUGACACUGUAUACAAACCAAAAUUGUGGUACUUUUCAUUGUUGAGGUAA